AACCCAUUGAGCAAGGGUAGGGGUCGAACCUGCAACCUCGUGGUUCCUAGUCAGAUUUGUUAACCACUGAGUGAUGAUGGGAACUCCUCUUUAUAAUUCUUGAUCUUUACUAAUCUCUUCCAACUCCACAUUCCCAUCGUAAUAACCCCAAAUCUGUAGCAGAUACCAAGGAUAUCAUGAAGGAAGACAUAGAGAGGAAAUCUGGUAAUUAGGUAAUUAGGAUUUCACCUCUAUCAGGGCUGCUUUCCCUAAGAGAUUUCAUCUAGUAUUCCGAUAGCCAUCCGUUAGUUCUGGAAAAGUAUCCAGGUAUGUCCAUGUGUUCUUGACAUCAUAAUGCUGAGGAUGUUCCUCCUGCUCUACAUUGCUGACCCCAUUUGUGUCCUUGUUUAGAAUAUUCAGUAUCUGUUCAAAUGUAUCUCCAAAUGUGUUUUCACUCGUUUCCACAUAUCAAGCAGAUUGUCGAUACUUUAAGUGAAAGUCAGCGAAUGAGUGAAAUUAGCUUUUACCUGUAUGUAUGUUUUCAGCAGAAAUGAAGUAAGUCCAUUCAAAUUGUGGUCUUUGAACAUUUUAAUGGACGGACUCUAGUUUUAGAUUCCUCAGUCCAGCUUUCUUUAGAGAAUUUAGCUAACUCACCAGCCACGUAAAAUAUAUAGAGUGGAAUUUAAAUGUACACAGCCGAGAUAGGUCUCUUAUGAAUGAGAACAUGAUACUGCUGGGCUGGGUGAAGAGAAGUCUGUUGCCUCAGUGCCCUGACUGGAGGCAGUUGUGCUGCUUGCCUUGUCCCCAAACAAAUAGCAGCCCCCUUCCCUGUUAUCCAUCAGUAUGGCUGCCUUGCUUUGAAUGCCCAAGGAUUUCUGCACCUAAAAAUGUGUUAUAAAAUAAAAAUUUGUCUUGACUGGAGGGGGUCUCCCAAAACAAAUGAGUCAUUUAAGUAAGUUUACCUUGACUGCUAACCUGAAGCAGAAUGGGACUAGAUAAGAUGUCCAUAGAAGAACAAGGGGAGUUAGAGCAAAAGGUCUGAAUAAAGGGGAAAAAAAUGUGAGUUUUGAGUGGGUUGUCCACAUGCCUGCAGAAGAUAGUAGGGUACAAGUUGAUUUUUUGGGUGAUGGGGAAAUGGAGAGUCAGAUGUCAGUCUCUUUACUGUGGAAAAUAUCAUGCCAAAUUACAUGUUAAGAGAACAGUAUGUAAUGACUCCUUAUCAGGUUUAACCAGCCUGUUAAGGUUUAACCAACCUUCCUUCUUCUUUCUCCCUGCAAACCUGCCCUUCCCCACCGCUUGCCCUUUUUAUACACAGGAGACAAUCUGAGGAAUGUUACUGAUUCAAGCUUUGUCCCAGGUGAAAUCACUAUCUCCUCUCCCUCUCUCUCUCUUUCCCCACCCUCCCUAUCCCUACCACCCUAUCCUAGCUCUUUGUUCUGCUUUCACUUUCAGCACUGCAGCUCUGAUGGUCCAACUCUUCCAGGACACAGAUCCAUAAAGGUCAACCCUGCACCCUGAACAUCUCAGAGGGAGGAGCCAGACCAGUCGUGCCUGAUAUCCUGCCCUCUUCUGCCCUGGACAGAGGGCUCCAUAAUGGCAGGGGGUGAGGCCCUGGUCCACAUCAGAGUUACUCUCUUGCUACUCUGGCUUGGGGUGUGUCUAUCCAUUUCUGGCCACUGUCAGGCUAGGCCCUCCCAUCACUUCUCCUCCCCAGAAUUGGUGAUUCCCUUGAAGGUGACUGGCAGGAGCAGAAAUGCAAAGGCUCCAGGCUGGGUGUCCUACCGCCUGUGGUUUGGGGGCCAGAGACACAUUGUCCACAUGAGGGUCAAGAAGUUCUUGGUUUCCAGACACCUCCCAGUGUUCACCUACACGGACCAGCAUGCCCUUCACCAGGAUCAGCCUUUUGUUCCCGAUGACUGCUACUAUCAUGGUUAUGUGGAGGGGGUCUCUGAGUCCCUGGUUGCCCUCAGUACCUGUUCUGGAGGUUUCCGAGGAAUACUGCAGAUAAAUGAUCUCGCUUAUGAAAUUGAACCAAUUAGAUUUUCUGCCACAUUUGGACACCUGGUAUAUAAGAUAGACAAUGAUGCUACCCAUUUCCCACCUAUGAGAUGUGGAUUAACAGAAGAGGAAAUAGCACACCAAUUGGAGUUGCGUGCAUCACAUAAUUUUACUCUGAGGCAAAGUUCUUACACAGGCUGGUGGACCCACUUGCGGUUUCUUGAGCUGGCAGUGGUUGUAGACAAACUUCGAUAUGUUCACUUGGGAAGUAAUGUGUCAGUAGUGCAGCGUGACAUAGUUGAUGUUGUCAACAUAAUUGACAGCUUAUAUAACGCUUUGGAACUUGAUGUAAUUUUAGCUGGGAUUGAAAUUUGGACUGAACAAAACCCAGUUCCCACUGAUGACAUAGAUAAACUUUUGGAGGAUUUUGCUAUUUGGAAGUAUUUUGACCUUGAUGCCCGAUUGCCACAUGAUACUGCCCAUCUUUUCAUUAAAAAAUCGUUUGGCAUAAAACUUGGAGUUGCCUACGUUGGUGGGAUAUGCCAGAGUCCUUUAAAUAGUGGAGUUGAUGUUUUCGAAGAUGAGAGGCUGUAUGAUUUUGCGGUUGUUGUGACCCAUGAACUUGGUCAUAAUUUAGGUAUGCAGCAUGAUACUACAUGGUGUGUGUGUGAACUUCAGUGGUGCAUAAUGUUUCCUGCCAGACGGGUGACAAAUAAAUUCAGCAACUGCAGUUAUGCUCAGUAUUGGGACACUUUUAUCAGGGAUGGAUUAUGUCUUUAUUCUCCUCCACAACUAGGGAGUAUCUUUACACUACAGUAUUGUGGGAACCUAGUGGUCGAAGAAGGAGAGGAGUGUGACUGUGGAACAGUAGAGCAGUGUGCAGAUGAUCCCUGCUGUCGGUUGAAUUGCGCUCUGAAGCCUGGAGCUGCUUGUGCUUUUGGGCUGUGUUGCAAAGACUGCAAAGUCAUGCCAUCUGGGACUUUGUGCAGAGAACAGAUCAGUGAAUGUGAUCUUCCGGAGUGGUGCAAUGGCACAUCCCAUCAGUGCCCAGAAGAUGUAUAUGUGCAGGAUGGAAUUCCCUGUAGCAACAGUGCCUACUGCUAUAAAAGGAGAUGUAACAACCGUGAUGAACAGUGCAGGGAGAUUUUUGGCAAAGAUGCAAGGAGUGCCUCUCAGAGUUGCUACAAAGAAAUAAACACCCAAGGAAAUCGAUUUGGUCACUGUGGUAUUGAAGACACACAAUAUGUAAAAUGCAGGCCCCCAGAUAUCCUGUGUGGGAGAGUUCAGUGUGAAAAUGUGGAAGUAAUCCCUAAUCUGAUAGAGCAUUCCACCGUGCAUCAGCUUCACUUCAAUAACACCACUUGCUGGGGCACCGAUUAUCACUUGGGGAUGUUUGGGUCUGAUAUCGGUCAAGUGAAAGAGGGCACAAUAUGCGGUCCAGAAAAGAUUUGCAUCCGCAACAAGUGUGUCACUAUGGUUCGUGAGCCACAAGCCUGUCAGCCUGAGACCUGCCACAUGCAGGGGACCUGCAAUAAUAAAGACCAUUGCCACUGCAACCCUGGAUGGGCACCUCCCUACUGCAACCACAAAGGCAAUGGAGGUAGCGAUGAUAGUGGCACACCUUCUCAUGGGCAAGGAGAAGAGGUAGACAUGAAGCAGAACCAGUCAUUUUUGUGGCUUAUUCCUUUGAUUUGUUUAUUUUUUUUUUGCUUCCUUGUGCUUUUUAAGAAAUGUAAAAAGAAAAAGGACAAUGCCAAGGAGGAGGAAGGGACAGAGGAAGAAGAAGAUGAGGAGGAAACAGAAGAUUAAGGCUCCUACUUCUCUAAAAACAAAACAAAGCAAAAACCCACUAGUUUUUCUUUUAAGAGUAGGGAAUCAUUAGGGCAUGUCAAUUUCAAGAAACAUUUAAGGAUCCCUCAUGUCAGGGUCAGAAGAAUUAAUAUUACAAUGAAGGAUUCCUACUAUGUUUUUACUCUUCAGUGUUUCAAGCAAUAUUAAAUGUUCCUUUUUUCCCUUGUGAGUCAUCUCUGUAUGUUUCCUGAGCAAAGCAUGACAAAGUAACAUGUUGAAGCUAGUGUAUAUCAGUGGUAAACCUCCUGCCACCUUUGUACUCUUGAAAUGUAAGGUCUGGGAUGUGCCAACACAUACCACAUUUCUGUUUUAGUUGCUCUUUUCCAGAUAGCUGUGCCAAAAGUGGGUGGUAGAGUAGCCUGGAAUGAUGGGUGGUAGGCGAAGGGAGUUUACUUUCUUGUGUGCUGAAAGUGACUCUGUGCUUUUGGUGGGACCUUCAUUCUGGUAGACAUGAUUAAUUUUGACUUCCAGUUUUGUUGACUCUGUUAGAACCCCUGUCAUUCUUCAUCAGAAGUACUAGCACCAUUUGACUACUGAUACUUUCAGAGAUCUGAGUUGGAGGUCCAGGGUUAGCAGUGUGGUUCUCCUCUGAGUUACUGAAGUCCCAGCAGCAGCUGGUUGCUCGGCCUCCUUGGAAGUCUUGGUCCCUGCUCUGCAGAGGAUCUCCUUAAAUCAUCAGUACUAGAAUGAACCCAACUUCUUUCCUGUGUUCCCAGCCUGCCUGGAUUGUGUUGUUAUUGUUGUCUAAUGACCUUAAUCUCAGGCCAUGGUAAUAUUAAGACAUAACUCUUCCUUACCUCUAUUAUGGAGUAGGAGUCCAAUUUCCUGUUGGGAAUCAGGAUCAAUUAUCCCAGCCAUCACCAUAGCUCCAUUCAUUGCCUAUUGAUUCAGAGGUGUGAGGAGCCAAAAUUGGUCAGGUAGUAGUCUUGACUUCCAGUUAAUAGAAUCAUUGUUGUAUCUCCUGUGGAAGCAUUCCUUCCUCUAGGACUAAGACCUCUAGGCUAGCAUAGCUUAAAGUCAUGGGAACAAGAAGCAAAAAGUUUUUUGCUAGUGGAUCACUAAGGUAAGUACUGAGUGGUAUCACUUCCAUUUCCUCCCCUUAAUGCCUGGACCCAUGAAUCCUGGGUCUGGGAGAAACAGCACCAUAUAUUGGAUACUGGUUCAGGGUAUACACUCCACUGCCUCGAGAACCUCUCCUGAGCCCUGCAAAGUGUUGCUACCUAGCUGGCAGUGUGAUAGCCUUCAAAAGACUUUAACACCUAACAAGACAGCUGCUUCAGUAUAGUGGGGAGCAUAGUAAGACUUCUCUAAGAAGUCAUAGUAAGAAUUCUCUGAGCAUGGACCCAUUGCCACAUUUCUUUUUCUGUGAAGUGAGUUUCUUGAUCAGAAGCAGUGCUAUUUGGAAUACCAUGAUUGUGGAUGAGGCCUUUGUUAAGUCCAUGGCUGGUAUCUUUGGCAGAAGCAUUGGGUUCAGUGAAGGCGGGUUAUAUCCAGCUUUUUUACUUCAAUAAGAAUAAAAUCCACCCCCCCCCCCCACGCUUCUGUUUGGAAGCAGUUUAGUGUAAUGAACUUCUAGCAUGCGCCUCUAGGUAGCUGGCUGAUCACCCCAGGAAAUGGUGCCAUACUGGGAGUUCAGUGCUGGUCUCUGCCACUGCAGGUUGGGCAGUUAUUGGUGGCUAGAGCCUGGUCAUCCUUAGUGAGGGGAAGUCUAUUUUGCUGAGCCUAUAUGUAACUGCCAAGCCUGCCUUGCC